AUGGACUAUGAUGUCCGAGUUUCAACUACUCAAGGGUUGCGAGUAUCACUUCAACUCAAGAACUAUAAGUAUCAGCUCGUCUCGCAAAAAUCACGUCAUCUCAUCUCAGAGACAAUCACAAUCUUCCCACCUCAUCCUUUAGCUUCUACAAAACUCUACGAAACUCUACGAAACUCUACGAAACAUUGUUUAAACAGUGUCAACUUCCUAACCUUAACUCGAAGAUGUAUUUCUCCAGUGUCUCAGCCGCGGUUCUCGCCACCUCUUGUUGGUUCUGCCAUCGCAAACCCCAUUCCAGUGAAGGCUCCUAUCCCCCAGGGCGUUGACACCGCUGAGAUCUUUGCUCGUGGAGCCCCUACUCCUCAGGGUGUUGAUACCGCUGAGAUAUUCGCUCGCAACGCCCCAACUCCCAAGGGCGUUGACACGGCCGAAAUCUUUGCUCGUAACGCUCCCACACCCAAAGGUGUUGAUACUGCUGAGAUCUUUGCUCGUGGUGCUCCAACACCCCAAGGUGUUGACACUGCCGAGAUCUUCGCCCGCAAUGAUGUCCCCACCCCCCAGGGCGUUGACACCGCUGAGAUCUUUGCUCGUGGUGCCCCUACUCCUAAGGGCGUCGAUACUGCUGAAAUCUUCGCUCGUUCUGCUCCAGCCCCCCAGGGUGUUGACGUGGCCGAGAUCUUUGCUCGCGCUGCUUCUGCUCCUAAAGGAGUUGAUGUGGCAGAGAUUUUCGCUUAA